AUGUCUACAGGAGCAACACUGGACCUGCACGUCAAUGAGACGACCAUCAGCUUCCCCUUUGCAGAGGCGCAGGCGAGGGACGUCAGCACCGCUAUUAACGGCCUGCUUCAGACAUUUGCUGCCAAGCAGGCAGCAGAGCGCCCCAAGCGCUGGCAAGCAAUGGAGUAUCGAUACAAGGGCGCGGGGGAGGAUGACCCGGUUGCCCAACUGGAGCUGUUCUGCAAUCCCAACGCAUACUCCACAGCCUUUGACGCGCGCGUAUUAGUCACCCUCAAGGCGGCCGGCGGCGUUGCCGUCACGACUGAGGGCCGCCUCUCCGCGCUCAAAGCCGACAUCGAAAACUUCCUCGACGCUAAAAAAGGCGGCGCCUGA